CACUGAGCAUCGAACAACAUCCAGGGAAACCCAGGAGAUAAACUAAAGACAAACCACGUCUGCCUGUUUCUGCUCCACAGUCUGCAGCAGCUGAACUCCUGAAGCUUCCUCCGACUGCAAACAAGACACCACAACUGUGACACAAUGAAAGUGGCCAUUGUUUUCGUUCUGCUCUUCGCCACAGUCCUCUGCCGGCCGGCGAGAAAAGUUUCCGUGAGCAGUUCAGAGAGCUCUGAGGAAGUGGUGAGACGACCAGCAGCUCCCCCUCUCAGGAGGAAGGCGGCAGAGGUUCCUCAGUACCGUGCACCACCUGUACAAAACGUUGUAGCAGCAGCAGGUGCCGCCCAGUCAGAUGAGAGCACAGAGAACUCAGAGGAAGAGCAGCAAGCACCAGCAGAGGCUCUAGUAGAACUCAAAUCUGUCAGCGCAGACACAACUUCAGCCCCUGACACAACUUCUGACAACAGCCAGGACAGUGAAGACAGCGACGACGAUGAUGAUGACGACGAAGCAGAGGAGACUGAAACUGACGAGGAUGAAUCUAGUGACAGCUCAGAGUCAGGCGAGGCCUCCACCCCUGCUCCCGGCACCGACACCCCUGUGAUUGUCACAGAGGAACCUGCGGCUGAAACCACUGCUGAGCCUAUUGAGCCCACCAUUGUUACUGACCAAGAUUCAGGCCGCGGUGACAGCUUGGGAGGCUACCCCAGCGACUACAAGUCCAUUGUCUACGUUGAGGACAAAUCCUACCACAAGGUUCCUGUUCCCUACAAGUCCUACGAGUUCAUCGGCAAGAAGAUGGCGUACGAUAUGACAGAGGGCAACGAGGUGGAGAAGUCAAUGAAGGUGUACAAGGCUGUUCAGGUCCACAAUGAUCUCCUGGAGGAAGACACCAGCACCCCUGAGGUGGAGAGCCAGGGUCUCGACGCUUCCUCCGGCACCUCUCAGGACCAGGACGGCAGCCCCCGCCAGGCUGAGGUCCCAGAGGAGAAGAGCACCAGCGAGAGCUCCAGCACCCCAGAGGAAGAGGAGGAGGAGAGCGCCAGCACCACCAGCGACAGCGCCAGCACCAGCCAGGAGUCAGAGGACGAGGACAGCCAGAGCAGCGAGGAGGCCACAGCCACGCCCGGAGCCGCUGACAGCGACUCAGAUGAGAGCGAUGAGAGUGACUCAGAUGAGCAGGGGGCGGGACCCGACGCCACCACUGACAUGCCAGUGGUCAUCACUGCCAAAUAAGCACUGCCCAUCCAGGAAGUGGACGGUGGUGUCAGAUAGAGUCACAUAAAAAGCACACGCUGCAUCCAGGUGCAAAGAGGCCCCUCCAGAGCCACCUUCCACUGUAGGGCCAAACAGGGACGGCCAAGGCUUCGUUAUUAUUGAUUUCAAUGUGUUCAGACAAUGUUUGUGUGAUUAUUUGUGCAUCUUUUGGGAAGCAGAAAUGCUUUUCCUUCAGGAUUGUAUUUAAAUAAACCAAUAACUCCUUCA